CCUUCAGGCUCUUUCAGUGGCUCUUGUUGAAACCGGCGCGUCCUUUUUCUUAAAACUCCCGACGUUGCCCUGCUUGUCGGUUCGUCCCAUCGGCGUCCCCCCCUUUUCUCCACAUAACGCGAAGCCUCAUUCUUCAAACGGCCAUAUCCACAUUGACCGAGGGAUUCAACGUCUUUUGAACAGGCCGUUUUCAGCCAAGGCGCAGCAGCAGCAAGGAGUUCUCCUCAAAGGCCACAUUGAGAGUAAUUCGGUCCAGCAUCGCGAGCAGCGAAACGAAAGGACCACAAACGUUUCAAGAGACAGGAAGAAACCCCUUCGACACAGGGAGAGUAGGAAGGAGAGAGAAGGAGAGAGAGCGAGCGAGAGAGAGAGAAACGGAGCGUCAACAAACGUACAAGAACACAUCAUGUCAACACCAGCUUAACGGCUCUCGUUGCCGCCAUCGAGCAGCCCAGCUUCCCCAAUCAUCCAACAAACAUGUCAUCAGACGUGAUCUUCGACAUCGUCUCGGCCACCAUCUGCGCCAUUCUCAUCCUCGUCCGCUGUGGAUACCGCCUGUUCUGGCGAUGCCGAGCCCACGAGACCUGCCACCGGACAUGGCACGCCGAUGAUGCCUAUAUGGCCUUCGCCCUCGUACCCCUCAUCGGCCGCACGACCUGCAUCUCGGUUUCCUUCUACCUCAACCCGACGCACACCUACGCCCGGGCUGCCGAAGAGGCCGCCGCCGCGCGCGGCAUCACUGUCGAGAGCCUCCAGGAGUACUACGUCAUCUCACACAAAUUGCUAAUCCCGGCGCGGAUAUUCUAUGCGUUGUUCCUGUGGUCUUUGAAGCUCUGCUUGCUCAACUUUUACUCCCGCUUCGUGGAUGUUUUCCACUGGGGCAAAGUUGCAACCACUGCCCUCUGGUGGUUUAUCGUCGUCACUUUCUUCGUUAUUUUGAUACCCACUCUUGCGGAAUGCAGGCCACUCGAUUUGAUGUGGUCUCCUGAUCCUACUGGCGCAAAUACCUGUCAUCGAGCGCUGGGAAACCUGAUUACGAUGGCUGUUUUCAACAUCAUUACCGAUGUCGCGCUCAUCAUCUUCCCCUUUCCCAUUCUUCGGCAUGUCAAGCUUGAUGGCAAAGUAAAAUUCCAGCUCAUUCUCUUGUUCAGCAUUGCGGGCCUUGUUGUCGUUAUCACCAUCAUGCGACUUCCCAUGAUACUGAACCAGGCAGUAUCGCAGAGAUCUCGCUCCAUGUGGGCCUCCAUCGAGAUACUCUGCGCCUGUGUCGUCGCAAACACGGCAUUCUUCUACGCCUUGUUGAAGGACUACCAGCGAGGCCACGACUCGCGUGUCGGGGGUUCGAGUUACGCUCAGCAACCCGACUACUACAUGCAAGCGAUCCCUUCGUCCGAUGCGCGCAAGGGUUCCUCGCGGUCGGACACGUUGGAUGUUCCUGAUUAUUGGUCGCGAGAGAGCAGAUCUAGCAGGUCCAGCAGUAUACCCAUGAUACCUUGAGCACGUUUACCGUGCACAUGAUUUAGGAGUUAAGGAAAAUCUCAAUCAGGCGUUUGUGAUGCCGUGC